AUGGUGGAUGCGUUCGUACUCGACCGGCUGCGUGAGAUGCGCAAGGUGCACGACGAGCUCGGCGCGCAGCUGGAGGACCCGGCGGUCCAGGCCAACGUCGAGGAGAUGCUGCGCGUCUCACGCGAGCGCUCCAAGCUCGACAGCACGGUGGAGGCGCUCGCCGAGUGGGAGAGCCUCGAGCAGCGGCUGGAGGAGGGCAAGGAGCUGUUCAACGAGGAGGACGCGGAGCUGCGCGAGAUGGCGCGCGCCGAGAUCCGCGAGGUGGAGGAGGCGAUGGAGGCGCUCGACGGCCGACUCAAGCUGCUGCUGCUGCCGACCGGCGCGCGCGGCGGAGACGGAUCAGCCACUUUAAACGUGAUGUUUGAGAUCCGUGCGGGCACCGGCGGCGACGAGGCCGCCGCUCGGGCCGCGAUUUGGGCGAACGACCUGCUCUCGCUCUACUCGCGCUACGCCCAGUCGCAGGGCGGCUGGCGUGUGCAGCUCACGCAGGUCUGGUACAACUCACACUGGUCGACGCUGUCUUGGCCUCUGUCCUUUGUAGGUCUCGUACAACAUCCUCAUCGACGCGUGCGGCAAGGCGCAGCAGCUGCCGCGCGCCUUCCAGUUCUACGACGAGAUGGUGCGGCGCGGGCUGCAGCCCGGCGUGAACACGUUCACCUCCCUGAUCGACGCGUGGACGAGGUUGCCGUCGAGAUCAAGCCCGGCGACAUCGAGAUGCACGCGGCUCGCUCGGGCGGCGCGGGCGGGCAAAACGUCAACAAGGUCGAGACGGCGAUCGACCUGACGCACAAGCCGACCGGCAUCCGCCUCUUCGAGCGGUCGCAGCUCAAAAACAAGGAGCUGGCGCUGCAGAUGCUGCGCGCAAAGCUGUACCAGAUGCAGGUGGAGGAGCAGCAGGCCGCUGUCGGCACGGGCUCUCGCUCCGAGAAGAUCCGAACAUACAACUACAAGGACCCGCGCUGCACACCGACCACCGCGCGUGUGCGUAAAAAAAGACACGCGCCCGUGAUCAUAAUGUCAAUAUCAGGCGUGCUCACCGGCCAGAUCGAGCCCAUCAUCCAGCAGUGCAUCGCCCUCGACGAGCAGGAGCACUGA